AUAAUAAACUGAAAACUUUCCUUAAAAUAGUUUUAUCCUUAAGAAUUUGGGAACUAUGGAAAUUGAUUUUUGACUAAAAUAACAACAACUACUAGAAAGAAAAAGAUCACGUAAUCGUUAAUCUCUUUUGUUUACCCAAAAGUCGGUCUCUUUGUUCUUAUCUCAACCUUCUCAAAUAUCCCAAAUACUUAAAAGUACCAAUUUCAUCAUCAUCCACAAAAUCUCCCUAAUUUCUUUCCAUUUGUAUUUUAUAUUUUCUUCCUUUUCUUUCCAAACAAAAAAAUCCUCUCAAAUUUCUUUCCUCCUUAUCCUAUAGUUUCUUUCCUUUAUUAGCUUCCCAAAUUUUCACACACAUAUAUUUUUACUAUAUAGUUUUCAGUAUAAUAUACCCACAUGAAGCUCAUUGCUCUCAUCCUAAUCUACAACACCCACCGAUAACACCCACCAAAAAAAAUUCAUCUUGAUCUUAAAGAUUUCAUCUUUUUUUGUUUCUUUUGCUUUUUUCUGGGUUUUCUUUGAUUUCUACCAUUGUUGAAGAAAUUAUUCAACAAAUUUAGAAGAAAUGCUUUCUGGGCCAUGUUUUAAUCUGCUAAAUCUUGAUGAUUUACCAGAGUUAGAUGAAAGAAUGGGAAGAAUCCCAUCAGUUAUAAAUAAACCUGGGAUCAUCCCAGAAUAUGAUGGUUCUGAUCUUACAUCACCUCGUGUUACAGGACAAAGAAUCAUCAUGGUUGCAAAUCAACUUCCUUUAAAAAGUUUCAAAGAUGAGAAAAAAUGGAGGUUUGAAUUUGAUGAAGAUGCACUUCCAUUGCAGCUAAGAGAUGGGUUAAACCCCAAAAUUGAUGUUCUUUAUAUUGGGUGUUUGAAAGUAGAGAUUGAUGUAUCAGAACAAGAAGAAAUUUCCCAGUAUUUGUUGGAGAAAUUCAAGUGUGUACCAGUAUUUUUACCACCAGAGAUUCAGAACAAAUUUUAUCAUGGAUUCUGUAAGCACUAUUUAUGGCCUUUAUUUCAUUAUAAAUUGCCUUUAACUUCUAAUCAUGGUGCUGCAUAUGAUCCUUCUUAUUGGCGUGCUUAUGUUAGUGCUAAUAUGGUGUUUGCUCAUAAGAUUAUUUGGGUACAUAGGCUAAGAGGUGCAGAGGAUUUUGUGUGGAUACAUGAUUACCAUCUUAUGGUGGUUCCUACACUAUUGAGAAGGAGGGUUUUCAGGGUUAAACUGGGGUUUUUCUUGCAUAGCCCGUUUCCGUCGUCGGAGAUUUUCAGGGUUAUACCUGUUAGGGAAGAGAUUUUGAGGGGUUUAUUGAAUUCUGAUCUUGUUGGGUUCCAAACAUUUGAUUAUGCAAGGCAUUUUUUGUCAUGUUGUAGUAGGAUGUUAGGGUUGGAUUAUAAGUCUAAAAGAGGGUAUUUAGGGGUGGAUUACUAUGGUAGAACUGUUAGUAUUAAGAUUUUGCCAGUUGGGAUUCAUAUGGGUCAGCUUCAAUCUUUGAUGUUAAUGGAUGAACUUGCCAAGAGGGUUAAGGAGUUGAAGAAGCAAUUUGAAGGGAAGUUUGUGAUGGUGGGUGUUGAUGAUAUGGAUGUUCUUAAAGGGAUUAGUUUCAAGUUUAUGGCAUUUGGACAUCUUUUGAGAAUGCAGCCUAAGUUUAGGGGUAAAUUGGUUCUUGUUCAGAUUGCGAAUCCUGCAAGAAGUAGGGGAAUGGAUGUGCAGGAGGUUCAAAAUGAAACCCAUCAUAUUGCCAAGGAGAUUAAUGAAAAGUAUGGCAAACCGGGGUAUGAACCGAUUGUUUUUAUCCAUGACUCAGUUUCAACCAUGGAGAAGGUUGCUUACUAUUCGAUAUCCGACUGUUGCUUGUUGAAUGCGGUGAGGGAUGGGAUGAAUCUUGUGCCUUACAAAUACACAGUUUCUCGCCAAGGUAGUCCAGUGGUAGAUGCUGCUUUAGGAAUUGAUUCUUCUAUGCCUAAGAAGAGUGUCAUUAUUGUCUCGGAGUUUGUUGGGUGCUCGCCUUCUCUUAGUGGGGCUAUAAGGGUAAAUCCGUGGAAUGUGGAACAAGUAGCUGAGGCAAUGCAUGGGGCAAUUCUAAUGGAUGACAAGGAGAAGCACUUGAGGCAUGAACAACAUUACAAGUAUAUUAGCUCUCAUGAUAUUGCAUAUUGGGCUAAGAGUUUUAACCAAGAUCUUAUGAGAGCUUGUGGUGAUCCCUUUUCCAAGAGGUGUUGGGGUGUUGGCUUUGGUUUGAAUUUCAGGCUUGUAGCUUUGCCUCCGGACUUCAGGAAACUCUCAGUUGAUCACAUUAAAUCCGCCUAUACAAAUUCCAACAGUAGGCUGAUUUUGCUGGACUAUGAUGGGACAAUGACACCACAGUCAUCUGUUGACAUGGCACCAACUCCUGAAGUUGUGUCUCUCUUGAAUGGUUUGUGCAGUGAUCCGAAAAAUAUUGUCUUCAUUGUGAGUGGAAGAAGCAGAGAUACUCUCAGCAAGUGGUUUGCCUCCUGUGAAAAGCUUGGGCUUUCGGCUGAGCAUGGUUAUUUUACUCGGUGGACUAAGCAGUCACCAUGGGAGUCGAGUGUAUUAGGAAUAGAUUUUGAAUGGAAGAAAAUUGUAAGACCAAUUAUGGAGCUUUAUGCAGAAGCAACUGAUGGAUCUUCCAUAGAGUAUAAGGAAAGCGCUUUGGUCUGGCAUUAUCAAGAUUCUGACUAUGACUUUGGGGCAUGUCAGUCGAAAGAAUUGCUUGAUCAUUUGGAAAAUGUGCUCGCCAACGAACCUGUCGUUGUUAAACGUGGCAAGCAUAUAGUUGAAGUAAAACCUCAGGGCGUGAGUAAAGGUAUCGUGGUGGAAAAUCUGAUAGCAACCAUGAAGGACAUGGGUAAGCCAGCAGACUUUGUGCUGUGCAUCGGAGAUGAUCGUUCUGAUGAAGACAUGUUUGAGGGUAUCAGUCGUGCAACCUCCAACCCAUCAUUGCCACCAAUCCCGAACGUGUUUGCUUGCACCGUUGGCCAGAAACCGAGUAUGGCAAAAUAUUAUCUCGACGAUAGCUCUGAAGUCAUCACUUUGAUUGAGGGCCUUGCUGGUGUGCCAGUGCAGCAACAUCCAAAGCUUUCUGAACCAGAAGCUGCUACUGAGAGUGACGGUACCAAGUUUUUUUAGUUUAGAAUUUACAAACAGGUUUAAGAUAAAAAAAAAAAGGGUAGGAAAAGAAACUUUGUACAGCAAAGUAUAUCCGUUUUUUAUACAUCCUUAGCAGAUACAAGUGCAUAGUUUCUUCACUUAUUGCAGCAUAGUGGAUACUAUCUGCUUCAUAGGUGUAAGACAAUUUAAUCAGGUUAUUCAUUCUUUUAAUCAA